UCCCCUCCGCGCCGCCGCUCCUCCACGCCGCGGCCGACGUCGCCUCCUCCCGCUGCCGACGCCGCCUUUCGCCCCCACCCCAACCGCUCCCCUCCCGCCGCGUCCCCCUCUGACGGGGCCCGAUUCCGCGGCGUGGGCCUGUGGAGGCAGCUGGCGAUGGAGAGCGGCGCGAACGCGCGGCGGCGGCGGCGUCUGGUGGAGAGGGGAUCCGAUCGCCUCGCCUUCAUCACCGGCCAGGCGCACAGCCUCCCCUCCGACCCGCCUCCAGAUUCACCGCUUAGUACUGUUGACGCUACUGCCCCUCAACUAUCUCAAAGGCAGGCAAGUGAAGGCGGCAUUGAUAGUGAUAAUUUCAGCAAUAUAACUCAGCUGCAGAAAUCAGAACCUAGUAAUGUAGUCCGUGAAAGUCAAGUGUCUGCCAAGGCUCGUCAGGAAAUUCAUCAUGAUGACCUACUUGGAGAACUCAAGACAAGGAGCACAGUUUCUGAAAUUCAGCCAGUAAGCGAAACACCUUUGCAAAGGCAUGGUGAGGAAACCCUUAGCAAAAGGAUCAAUCAUGAUAGAACAGCAACUGUGCCAAGGAGGGAGAUGGAAACGAGACACUCUGUGCCUCCAAACCAGUCUAUCCAAGCAGAGAAUGCAUCUUGGUCUAUUGAAACUCUGAAGGAGCACUUGAAUUUUACGGCACACGAGAUUACACAGGCUAUAUCAGCUACUGAGUAUAACCGGUUUUUAGCUUCUGUUACCAUUGCCUUUCUGGUGGUUCUUUCAAACUGGGGCCUGGACAUUGGUGGUACUAUCACCAGAGUAUUAGUCGGUACAAGGCCACUUCUAUUUCUUAUUAUAACGAACAUAACCAUUGUCUUCACUUUGUUGAUGGAAAACAGAGACCCAAACGUUAGGGGAAGAUCAGUUGGCAGCAAUCUUGGUUCUGCUGAUAGCUUAGGGCGAAUGCUGGAGAUCGGAUUGUUGCUACAGAAGUCCCUGGGUGCUCUCACGAUGGACUGCAGCAUUUGUGCUGUCAUCUUGGUUUGUUUUCUCUGAGUUUAGAGUGUGUACUUUUGAUAGGGUUCCAAAGAAAUGGUCCCUGCUUUGUAAGUGUACGCUGCUCUAUCUCUCGUUCAAUCUUGUAACGUCCUUCUCUUUCUGAUUUAUUUACUAUUAUCCCCACAUAUAGAGCUGAACUAAGCCAGUUCCAAGAGCAAAUGGGUGCACGGUGAGGCUUUUCUUUGUCCGCACUAUUUCAUUUUAUGCAUUAUAUGACUGAAAUUUAGUGAAGUUUGUAUAGGAUCUGGGAAGAUGAAAUUGCAGUGAAAUUUGCAUAGGAUUUGGCAAGCUGAAAUUUUAGUGAAGUUUGAAAAUGAUCUAACUAGCUAAAGGGAAAUAUGUACUCCUUUACCUAGGCUGUUGAUAUGUAGAGAACUGGAAAGCUCAGCUGGGUUGUACCGCAGCGCAGGAGGGUUCGAAUGAU